GUGAUGGACAUGAGACACGCCGACGGCAGAACGAGGAGAGCAUGGUAAACAUGACAAGUGUUGAAGAAGGUUUUGAAAAUGUUUGCUUUGCACAGCUCCGUCCCUGUCUUGAUAACAUCCGCCCUCUCCAUUCCAUAGACGGUUUUCAAGGCCUCGUUGUUGAUGGGAGGCUCGCUGUACCGUGCCAGUCAAACAUCAGGGAAGAAAACUGGAAUUGUAUAGCCUCCGUCAGUCAGUGUAAGGACAACGGCUUGUACAGGGACAUACGAUACUCUCAGUUGUCGUGGGAUUUCCUUUGCCAGAGCAGCCCAGCAUUUGUAGCAGGGAAGGAUUGUUGGAAGAGCUCGGAGCUUGAGCCAACGCUCAUUAAGUGCUUUGGUCCUUCGAGUAAUGUGUGCGAACCAACCUGCCUCCAAGAACGUGCGGCGAAGAUACCUGGCUGCUCAACAGAAGACGCCACCCUCUUGCGGCGCCUGGCACGUAUUAGUAUGGAGGGAAGACAUGCAACAUGCUAGAUUCAAUUCUGUGCAGGCGAGUGGCCAGGGAAUCUUCAUCUUCACAAG